UUUUUUUUUUGGGCGGGGGGGACUGGACCUAAAAUGAACUUCUAUGUUUUUAAUUAAUGCAAUGCGUGACUGUUGAGCUCGCGCUGUUUGUACUGUAGCUAAGCAAUUAGCAUAAGCUAACAACGAAGCUAGGUUGGGAUCAGGUUGCCGCUUUUUUUUUCCACCACAAAUUCCACUUUUGGGGGAUAAAUUGCCCAAUUUCAACUCAUUUAUUCAACAUUUCCUUACGUCACCACGGUGAAACCCACCCAGAAUGUGGUCUGCCGCCACAUUGUGUCCCACUUCCUGGUGUAAAGCAGCCCCCGGGGCUCAUCCGUUUCCGAGACGGGGCCAUCGGGGCUGGUGUGGCCGAGCGGUGCGUCGCCCGAGCCGGCCAUGCGUCUCGGCUGUCACUCGCCGCCUGGCGAGUGGUGGCGAUGGUUGAUCUCCUUGUUUUUUGAAAAGUCGAGGGAGAAAUGCGCAAAGCCAAUCAUGGCGCGCACAGCAGCCACGCAAAGACCAAUGAAGAUGGAGUCAGCGGCGGCCGAGGCUCAGCAGACGGCCGAGUCUGCCGAGACAGAAAAUCAGCAGCAGAUCACGCCGGCACAGCUUGCUACCUUGGCGCAGGCAUCCAUGGCGUCAGGCCAUGGCUCGGCAACAGGUCCCACGGUGACGCUGGUGCAGCUUCCAAACGGACAGACGGUCCAAGUGCACGGCGUGAUCCAGGCCGCACAGUCGUCCGUCAUACAGUCCCCACAAGUACAGGCUGUACAGAUUUCAACCAUCGCCGAAAGCGAGGAUUCACAGGAGUCGGUGGACAGCGUGACGGACUCGCAGAAGCGCCGAGAGAUCCUUUCGCGCCGACCCUCUUACAGGAAAAUUCUGAACGACCUGUCGUCGGACGCGCCUGCUGUCCCUCGCAUCGAGGAGGAAAAGGCAGAGGACGACGUGGCAGCGGCGGCCACGCCCACCAUCGCCACAGUCACCGUGCCCACGCCCAUUUACCAGACCAGCAGCGGCCAGUACAUCGCCAUCACGCAGGGUGGCGCCAUCCAGCUGGCCAACAACGGCACUGACGGCGUCCAGGGCUUGCAAGCGCUCACCAUGACCAACGCGGCGGCCGCCCAGCCCGGCGCCACCAUCCUGCAGUAUGCACAAACCAGCGACGGACAGCAGAUAUUGGUGCCCAGUAACCAAGUGGUGGUGCAAGCUGCCUCUGGGGACGUCCAGGCCUACCAGAUCCGAGCGGCGCCUGCCAACGCCAUCACCUCCGGGGUGGUCAUGGCCUCGUCGCCCGCCCUGCCUACGCAGGGGGCCACGGAGGAGGUCACCCGCAAGAGGGAGGUCCGCCUCAUGAAAAACAGAGAGGCGGCACGCGAAUGUCGCAGGAAGAAGAAGGAGUAUGUCAAGUGUCUGGAAAAUCGGGUGGCCGUCCUGGAGAACCAAAACAAGACGCUCAUUGAAGAACUCAAGGCCCUCAAAGACCUUUAUUGUCACAAAUCCGACUAAAUCCCCACCCGCUCCAAGCCUGGAACGAGGUUGUUGCUUUGGGCUCAAGUAGCUUUUGCGCUCAUUCAGUCUUGGACUGUUUGGUUUCACUUGCCUCAAGUUUUUCAGUAGGCCAUACUUGUUUUAUCAUGGGUCCAUCAUGUGUAUGGAAAGACAAAGAAGCAAAUAUUAACCAGUUAGCAAGACGUGAUUCUGUCUAAGUCAGGCUAAUUCUGACUAAUGUUGGGACUCCACCUGCGGUUCUCACUCAAACAUCAGAUUUUUAGCUUUUCGCUGGACCCCACUGACCAGUCCCCGAGUCAUUUUGGUAGAACAAACCUCGAAACCUGCUAACGUAUGUCUACUUUGGCUCAGGAAUUAGUCAUUGUGGUUCCAACUCAAAGCAUCUUUUAUAUAUAAUUUUAGCUUUAGCCUAAAAACCUAUGGACCAAAUGCCAUUUGCGUUUGUCAACCCUGGUGCAGACAACUAAUUGUCCAACUGCAUUUUUUUCAGAAAAAAAAAAUGCCACUUUUGGCCUGAACUAUAAAUGAACUAAGUCUGACAGAAUAGAGCUUUAAAUUCAUGGUUUGGUCCAAGCACCAACUAAACAUAAGGGGAUCAGUGUCAUCAACGGUAUGUUUUUAACAAGAACCGACUGACCAUAUGGUUUGGUCCCAAUACUGAAAUGGGUUAAACAAGUCAUUGUUGCCAUGGUUACAAAACAUGAUGGACCCACGGUAUACAUUUAGACAUAAGAUGGGCAAGCUUCGCCAUGGACAAGUCAAUGACCUGUUUGGAAGGACUACUUUUCUCGGAGGGACACCCCCCCAGACUCUUGAACCAGUCGGAAAGACGACACACACACAAAGCCCACAACCCAACGUGACACUUUUAACGUCUUCGUCAGACUGAGGUCCUUUAUUUCACUGUGUCCAUUUGGGACUGAAUUUCUUCAACUUUUAAAGUAAAACCACCAGGUAUGGCCAUUUUUUACUCCAUAAACUGACAAAAAAAAAAAAAGACAAAUGUGUGAUUUCAACAUUUGCAUGAGUAACACAUCCAGUCUUCUUAUGUGUUGAUUUUUUUAUACAAUGUACAUAGACGCUACUGCAUGUGUAGACUUGAUGUAUCUCUGUUUAUUGAUAUAUUUGUAACAUACUGUACAUCGGUGUGCGCGUGUGUGUGUGCAUGUGUGCGAGGCCUAGCGGUCACGGCAGCUACGAGUUUGUUGGAGGUGUACGAGGUUGCGGUGCCAUAUUUUUCUAUUCUUUUCAUUAUUAAUUGUCUAUCAGACAUACAGCCAACUGUUUGUGUUAAAUGCCAUUGCGUUAUUUUAUCAUAGACACAAGCAAGGUAAUGGAAGCACAAAUGUUCUUUCAAAUGCACUUCUUUUGUCAUUCAUGUCUUUUGAACUAUGGUUCGGCAUUUGACUGACCAUUUAUCAAUUACAUCACUCAAUUCUCAU